GCAAUGACUUCUGUUUUUGUAUUUUAUUUAGAUGUUUGGAAACUGGACUUUUGGUACCUUGGUCUUUACUGUUAUGGUUAUAACUGUUACAGUGAAGAUGGCUUUAGAGACUCAUUUCUGGACUUGGAUAAAUCAUUUUGUUACCUGGGGCUCCAUUGUGUUUUAUUUUCUAUUUUCCUUGUUUUAUGGGGGAAUUAUCUGGCCAUUUUUGCAUACGCAGGACAUGUACUUUGUAUUUGUUCAGUUGCUGUCAAGUGGUUCCGCUUGGUUUGCCAUAAUCGUCAUAGUUGUCACUUGUUUGUGUGUUGAUAUUGUGAAGAAAGUGCUGUGCAGACAUCUACAACCAACAAGUACUGAAAAAGCUCAGGUAACGUUAUGUUUUUAUAUAGAACAUGGUCAAUAAUUAAAAGAAGAACUU